AUGACUGCAGUAUACGUUUCCCGCACACAAUUCAAACCACAAUCGCUUUCAGAUAUAAUACUCGCAACGCAAAAUCGGGCAUCCUCAUUCAAGUUCAACGCGAGUUUUGGUCAAGACUCGCAAUUCACGGUACCGAUCACGCUGGGUCACGGGUUCUGUGCGAACGUCACUCUAGUCCCUGGGCAACUGGCGCGUGCAGAACUGACCGUGGACAUCACUACAGUCGGAAUACAGAUAACAUACGAAGCUUAUCUGUCUGGCGUUGUGGCUUUGGCUUACGACCGUCCGCAUAACGGCCAUCAUUUUUGGGCGCCGAACAUAGACCACGUUCUGUACACUUGCGGCACGAAAAACGGCAUCACCUCCGAGCAAUAUAUAAACAUUAGUUAUUACGACAACGCGAAUCUUGUGUUCUUAGAUUUGAAUAGCGGUAUUACGGUGGACGCAUUUCGUGUGCCGGUGUCUGAAUAAUAAUAAUAAAUUGUACACGUGAAA